AUGGCCGUCCAGAACCGCAUAGCCCUUGACCGUAUCCUAGCCAAGGAAGAAGAGGGCCCUGGAGGGCCCUGGAGGGCCUCCAUGCCCUGUCUAAGGAACUUACUGAAGUUUCCGGUGUCUCUGACCCCUUCAAAGAUUGGCUCCAAAGCACCUUUGGAAGGUGGCGCCACAAAUGUCAUUUCAUCCUCAGCGCCCUCUCCCACUGACCCCGCCCACAUCCGCCCACUGACCCCGCCCACAUGCGACAUGGUGGUGCUCUUGUUCCUCAGCUUUGCUGCCUGCACUGCUCUGCUCUCAGGAGAGAAAGUCAAGCAGACUCCCAGUGACAUGUUCAAGAAGACGGGAGAGUCGGCCACCAUCCAAUGUAUUCAUAACGUGCCGAGCUACAACCUGAUACUCUGGUACCAGAACCUGGACAUGCAGAUGCAGCUCCUGGGCUACAUGUACUCUGACAGCCCCAGCACAGAAGAUGGUGUGGAUGUGGAGAUCAAAGGGAGCGCCGCAGAGAAUAGAAUGUGUCAGCUAAUCAUCCCAAAUGUCAACCUGAACAGCAGUGCACUUUAUUACUGUGCAGCUAGCUACCACACUGCAGCAUUAAGCUGUCCUAUCAAGUCAUAAACCUGAUAACA